AUGAAAACCAUAUGUAAAAGAUUUGAGGAACUUGAUGCUUGUGGUAAAGUAACUCUAAAGAGUAAACUUUGGGAAAUUGCAUACCUUGAUCAAAACUCUAUGUGUCCUCCUCCAGAAAAGGUCAACACUAAAGGUGCACAGAAGAAACUGACGAACAAAAACCAAAGAUCAACAAAGCGUGAUCCGUCUUACUGGGAGUAUGUUAAUGCUUUACAUUUUGUGCAAAAUAGUAAUUCUUCAGUGAAGCGUAGUGCCUCAUCUUCUGAUCAGUCGAUUCCAAGAAGGACCAUGCCGAUGUUGGAUCAAUUUAAGCCAUUUAUACACGAUUUCAUUAACAACAUUGUGGAUGUCAAAGCUGAUGGUAACUAUGGAUAUCGCUCGAUUGUCACUGUAUUAGGUAUGGGUGAAGAUUCUUGGUCCUUGGUGGGCAACCAUUUGCUUAAAGAACUUGGCAAAUGGUCAGAUGACUAUAUCAAGCUCUUCGGUGGCACAAAAAGAUUUGAGGAAUUAAGGAGGUCCCUACUUGUGGAUAAGUUAUCCAUGGUUACUGUGGAUAAGUGGACGGAUAUAACCGAGAUGGGAUAUGUCAUUGCAUCAAGGUUUUUUUAUAAGAUUGUUGUCCUUUACCGCCUCUAG